AAGGAAGAUCAGCACGCACGCAACUCCAGAGAGAGGGACUGAGAGAGUGUUUGUGUGAGUCGCCUUUUCAUGCCCUUCAAGCAUCCUCGCGAUUGCAGAUCCAGCAGCAGCAUUAGGGUUUCCAUUCCGCUUUACCUGACGCUCAUCGCCCCCCAAGGCCACCCACCAUGAGCGGCAAGGCAGUGCAGGAGGCUGGCAAGGCCGUGCAGAAGGCCAAGGCCAUCGACUGGGAUUAUCUGCAGAGAGUGGUGGUCUCCGACUCCGGUAAGCGCGAGCUCGCUGCGCUUCGUCGCGCCUACGACGACGUCGCUGCCACCAUCAACGACAAGUUCAACAUCAAACCUACGAACAUCAACUGGGAGUUUUACAAGCAGAAGCUGGGUCCUUCAAUCGUGAACAUCUUCCAGGACUCCGUGAGAUCACUGGAGAAGGAGGUGCCGGAGUACAAGGAUGAGUACACCGCAGACUAUCAAGCCAAGCACCAAGCAUUGAUGGCGAAGGCUGCGGAGCAGGAGGAAGACUCGAAGAAGAAAAUCGUUGCUCUGGAGAAGGAGAUCGCGAAGGUGCAAGAAAACAAGGCUGCUCUGAGAACAAUGACAGUGGACGAUUACUUCGCGAAGAAUCCAGGAGCCAAGGAGAAGAUCGAUGAUGAGAUCAGGAACAACCUGUGGGGAUACUAGUUGGAUAAAGUGCGGGCAGCUGCGGUUGGUUUGGUAGGACAAUAAGAUGUGGGAUUAGAGCUUUUGUUUGUUUGAGAGGAGUUGCAACGGUGUAGUCGCCGAGUGCUGAAAUGCUGUUAUAAUGCGGCAAUAUUGAAGUUGCAGAUUCAACUACGAUGGGCUUUCGCGAAAUACGGAUUUCCUCCCGAUAAUUAAUCUUGGAAAAGGAACGACCCCCGAAUAAUUAAUCAAGUUUUUGGGAACCGACUCCAGCUAUCUAGUGCGGUUUGUUGUUGUGAU